UGUAGAUGAAUAAAGUGGCGAAUGAGGCAUUCGGAGAGGGGAACGAUCCGUACAUGGACACGGACAUCAGGGGAAUGAAUGUCAUCUUUCCACGUUCCGGACAAAGAAAGAUUGGCAACACACUUGAAAUCAUCGGAUUCAUGCAGUUCCCCAGAGAUAAAUAUGAGGGCUACGAAGGGAAUCCAGGAGAGAAUCCAGCAGAUAAGAUGCGGGAAACUUUAAAGGAUAAGGUGGAUGCGAUUCUUGGUCAAAUGAGUGAUUCAUUGCCGGACUCACUCGGGGAAAAUCCCAAUUUGAACUAUGAUAUCAACUCUGGGUUAAAGAUGAAGCCGUACUUUGAUUCAGAGAUUGACUGGAGGGACUGUGAAUCUUCUAUAAGGUAUCGUGAGCCUGACCCAAGCGAGGAGGAGGAAGAUGCAUGGAGUCCUCCGCGUUCAGAGAGCAUUGCAAUUGAAGAAUUUGAGCAGAGGGGUAUACCUCGUCCUCGCCUGAUCAGCCUUCCAUCCCAUCGUCCCUUUUCGUAUCUAGAAAGAUUUCUGGAAAACGUACAGGGACAGUUUGACCCCCAUCGCCAUGAACGCCCGCCCUAUCCUCCUGUAGAGUCCCAAUCCUCAGUGAGUCUCUCGCCUCUCAUCUGA